GCCCACAUAAUGCUGUUCUUCAGCACCGGGAUCGCAGGGCCAGGCUGCAGAGCUCUUCCGGAGGCGGAUAAUCCCCCAUCUCUACCGCGAAGCCCCGACACGAUCAGGAAGGAGUCGCUCUCGCUCAUCUCAGGAGAGACACGCGUUUUGGGAACAGAUGCGAGAUCCGACCGAGACGUCCACCUCCGAGAAAAGCCCGGACGAGUAGAGAAAUGGAUAUUGGCGCAUGUCGCUGUGUUUAUUUUGCAAACAGGAAAGUCUGAGCAUUGAUAAGGCGACUCCGUAUAAUGUGACAGCUGCUGUCGCAUCUCGUCUACUCGGGAGAAACUACUGAAGCUUGUGUUUUGAUUAUUCCAGCACCAUGCUGACAUACAGCCUGGCUUUAACUUUUAUUGCUGCGGCUCUCUGGCGGGUCAGCGGCGAACCACUGACUCCUUCAUCCGCGACGCAGUUAAACUCAACAUCAUUGUCAUCAUCAUCAUCAUCAUCCAUCGUCAGCCAGGAUGAACUGAGAAGUAAUGAGACAGAUGAGGCCGUGGGCUCCAGGAUUUCGUCUCUCAUGACGCAUCUCCCAACUCUGAAAAACAUUGUUAUCCUCAUCUGCGUGUUAACAGCUGCUCUCAUCACAUGCCUGGUCAUCAAAGUGAUCAGAUCUGGCAGACGAAUCAGAAAAACCCGUAAAUAUGACAUUAUAACUACACCUGCGGAGCGAGUGGAGAUGGCCCCCCUCAACGAGGAGAACGACGACGAGGACGACUCGACCCUCUUUGACGUCAAAUACAGGUGAAUCCCAACCCGGAUACUUUUUUAUAGCUCCUGCGUUGCCCAGGACGACUCAAGUGAUUUCCUGUAUUUGUUGUGUUGCCAAGUCUUAGCAUAUCAGCAGCUGCUUGUGCAUGGCGUUCAAACAAUGGAUUGAAUAUUAUUAUUUUCUGCUCCGCUGAUGCCCAAAUAACUUGAACAAUUACUUCUAAUAUUAGACACGUGGAGCCACUCAACUCGGCGAGCGGUUGCACUUGGGUAUAAAACGCGCUGCGGGGGUUAGGGAGUUGGUUGUAGGUCUGCUACAAAGCCAGGGCGUUCCAUUAUUAUAAUGCAGAGUACAACAUGGAUUCACUUGAUACUUAAAAUAUCUGUGAGCAAGAAAUAUUGUGCAGGAGAUUUUUAUUUUUAAAUGUAAAAGUGAAAAAAGUAUAUAAAUUGUGAAAAACACUAAAUCAUAUUUUUCAACUAUACCAAAUAUCAUCACUAUCUACUAACCACUUUAUUGUGCAUAUAUACUGUUAAAGGCUUUCUACCCUUUUACCCUUUUACAGUGUGUAUGAAGUGGCAGUGUAUAUAUACACAUAUAUAUAUAUAUAUAUUUGAACGUGUGUUUUAUUUUUGCUGCUAUCUCAGCUUCAAAUCAGACUAAAAUCUCAAAGGUUUUUAUCAGGAUUUUAUUUGUAAGAUAUUUGCUAUGAAUGUGAGCGCUGUGGCCAAGUGCGUCGAAAUCAUGUGACAAUUUAAUUAAGUAACCACUGGGCGGCAUCAGCAGCGGGGUCGAAGGAAGGCGGGAGUCAUGCAGUUCAUAGCGUCUUGUUUUUGAAUCAAGGCCCAGUAACUUUGUUAAAGAAGUUCCAAAAAUGGACGCCCCUUGCGUAACAUAGAGAAUCUACUCAUACUGUAAAGUCUUCCACAAUAAUACACAUUCAUGGCAAGACGAAUCCGUGCCAGCCAAGUGUCUUGAUGUGUAUUUCUCUUGGAGUAAAGGCAAUUUUGUGCAAACACUGAUGGGCCGAGUGGUAAAAAAAAAACAAAAUCACCACUAAAGCAAGACAAAAUCACUUGUUUUUUUUUUAAAAUAAUUUAUUAAUUUAAAUAACAAAUACACAAUAAUUUACCAAAAGUUGAUGAAGUUAAAAGAAAAGGAACAGCGUAGAGAUUUGUAAACCUUCCUUCCUUCUCUCCGUCUGCACAAUAGCGGUAAUUACAGUUUUGAGAAGAACGAGGCAGCGUGGACACGGACUAGGUUUCUGCAGCGAGUGUGGGGGGUUGUAGGUGACCUUCUGUUUUAAUCCAAACUGUUAUUCGAUAGCGCACCGUGGCCCACAGGUGCAGCUGUUCCCAAAUGACCUCCAUCCAUGGUUUAAUAAGAAAAGAAAGAAAGAAAGAAAGAAAAAAACAACAACCAAUCUUGUGCAACCUAUUCAACAUCUUCUUUCCAGGAGAAAGAACCUUGUACGUUUUAUUUUUUCCUUUGUUAAAAGUUAUUUUAUUACACUGGAGGAUGUAGGAGAGAGUGUGGAUGUCUGAUAGAACCGUUCUCUGAAUCUUAUGUGAAUCAAACGUAUUUUUAUAUGGUGUUAUUUAGUACAGUGUUGGCUACUACACGUGUUUUCCACCAGACUGACUGACUAAUUUCUGUACCAUGUCACGUUUCACUGUAAAUGCAGAAAGCAGCAUAUCUGUUUUUAUGUCUCUGCUCACUUUGUCUCAGGCGAGUAUAUAUGUCCCCCAGCUGACAAUGUCUCUCAUUUUAUGUGUGUGUAAAGUUGCUAAUUGUGGAUUUUUAUUAGAAGUGAAUCAUCCGCUGCAGAAAGCCACUGUUGUAAAAUAAAUCAAAGUGGCAGCUACGACGUCUCGACCUAAUUUGUCUCAUCCCACAUUUUAAACCGAGAGAUGCUCGAAUCGUUUCGGGAGCUUAUGGAAAACGAGCGCUCGCUUUGGUUUUGUGACGCAGAUGUUAUUUGUAUCCACGUCUGUUUCCUCAGUUUCCACUUCUUUGAAACACUACUGAAAUAAAACUGCUUCGUUUGAAGUGUUCAACUGUUUUAAGGGA